CGCCAGUUCGCGCAGGCGCCUUGUCGCCCUCCCGGUGUAUCUUUCUAACCUCAAAAUAUUCGGCGUCGGUUGUUCAUCUCAGUUUUCUUAUCUCGUCGAUAAUUCCAAAUUCCCACUUUAGAUUCACUUAGUCUUUUAAACCUAAUAUUCCACUUUCCACUGGUUUUACCAACACCACUUCCCUUCAAUCUCCACAUUUCAUAACCAAAUCCGACACAUUUCCUCUGCACGUUCACCACGACCUAACGCGUAUUUCCAGUGUUGUGAGUGUCAACAAAUUUAAAAUCUUAAAGAUCAUUUCAAUGUGAAUACCGAAAAAUGAAUGUUAAAUGUCAAAAUUUGUGAAACGAAGUUUAGAUUUAUUGACAAAACAAGUCACGUUGAAACAAAACCGGCAAGAUCGCUCAUUUGUGUCAAAAGAUAUUGUCGAUGAAAUGCGAUCGCCAAAAGUCGAGCCAAAACUCGAAGUAGAAGAGGAAGAAAGUCCUCCUAUAGACAUGAUAGACGACGUGCCCUUUGAAGUGCAAAACAUUUGGUUAGAUUUGGCGCAAGAGAUAGCUCGACAAAAAGCAGAAGCAAUGGACUGUAAUAAUACGUUGUUCCAAGGGAGUCAAUCCGAGGAUUAUUUCUAUUGUCCUGUCAGUGAUUAUAUGACAGCUGAGGAAGUAGUCAUUCCAAUGGAUAUCGAAGAUGAAAUACAUACUCCGAAUCUAGAUGCCGCAGAGGUAGAAAUUCCUCAUGACAUAGAUGAACACACAAAUUUAAUCCUAGAUACUGCAUAUGAAGAUAUACCUGAAGACAUACAUGAACAAAAACCUCUAAUUCUAGAUAAUUCAUAUGCAGAAGUGCCUCAAGACCUAAGUGAAUCAGAAGAAUUAACAUUCGAAGAAGAAACCGAGGAUACACACCUAAUGUCAGAUGGUGAAAUAGAAAUUCCAGACAUUAAACCUAUAUUAAAGCUAGAACACCCUACAGUCACAGAAGAGAGGAAAAAGUCUGUUAGAAUCAGAAGCAAACGAAAAGUAGAUGAUAUAAAAACGGAAGAUCUGAAUUUUAUAAACAUAAAGCAAGAAUAUUCUACAGACAUAGUAGAAAAUAAAAGGUCUGUUAAAGCUAGAGGUAGACGGAGAGGGAUAAAAUUCGCAGAAAAACCAGUCAGCCACCAGAUAUCAUUUGAAGAGAAAGAAAAUCCUCCCACCACAGAAAAAAAGACAAAGACUGUCAAGCCCAGAAAUAAAAGAAAAGGUAUAAAACUAUCAGAAAAAAUAGGAAACCGCCAGAUAGCAUUCGAGGGUAAUGUUACGUACACUUGUGAAAAAUGUAAGACAAAGUUUGAAUCGAAAAGUUUGCUAACCCAUCAUAUUAAGACAACGCAUUCCAGGAAUAACAAAUUUAGCUGCAAAUUCUGUGCUAUGCAGACAACAACUGGCUACAAUUAUCGAAGGCACUUAAUUCGAUUUCACUCACGAGAAGAGGAUCCAGAAGUUCAGGAUUUAAUAAAAUCAUUUUUUUCAUCUAAAAGAAAUAAAGUAUUCCCCACAGCCAGGACUUAUGCUGGAUUUCCCUGCGAUAAAUGUACGAAACAAUUUUCGAGCGAAAACACUAGAAAAUUACACAUGGAGAGACUUCAUUCUGAGGAGAGAAGAAAUGUAAAUGCAGAUUCUGUUCGAAGGAAAUCGAAAAAAAUUAGGUCGCGUUCGUAAGAAAAUGUAAGAUUGCUUUUUGCAAUUUUACAUUGCAUUAUUCAACAUCAUUUUUAUUUUCAUUAGGGUUUCUGAUAAUAAAAUCCUAAUAAUUUUUCAUGUUAUGAAAUUUUGUUAAUUUUUAAAUUAUAUUUCAUGCUUAUGAUCGUACGAUCGUUCUACAUUUUACUUAUUAUAUAACAUUGUACAAUAUAGUAUAGUCCACAGUAUAUUAUCAUAUAAUAUAAUAAAUAAACCUUCCUUUUAAGGUUAUUUAAACGAGAACUUGCAACAAAUUUUUAUACUGUGUAUACCUAUAGAACGUAAUAAAGCAAUUAUUUUUUAUC